GACCAAAAAAAGGCAUACCUACCUAUAUAUAUAAACUUCCAUUUUCCACACCCGCGAUAUUUUCUCUGAGAGGCUGUCUCUGAUAGCCCCACACUCAUAUACAUUGCCGGCGGCGACAGAAUCAAGCGACGUCAUUUUCCGACGGUCGUACGUGAACAGAUAGUAUAAGCCAGAAGAUGAAGAUUUUCGUGAAAACCCUAAAAGGCACGCACUUCGAGAUCGAAGUGAAACCCGAAGACACCGUGGCAGAUGUGAAGAAGACUAUAGAAACAUGUCAGAGUUCAGAUGUCUAUCCUGCUGCUCAGCAGAUGCUUAUUCAUCAGGGGAAAGUUCUUAAAGAUGAGACCACGCUGGAGGAGAAUAAAGUUGCUGAAAAAAGUUUUAUUGUCAUUAUGUUGAGCAAGCCUAUGCUUCAAGAGCUGGGGAAGCAAAAUCCACAAUUAGUGCAGUUGAUUCAAGAGCAUCAGGCUGACUUCCUGCGCCUAAUAAAUGAACCAGUUGAAGGGGAGGGGAACAUAUUAGGGCAGCUUGCUGAAGCAACGCCACAGACUGUGUCAGUCACACCUGAAGAGGGGGAGGCAAUUGACCGUCUUGAAGCAAUGGGUUUUGAACGAGCUUUGGUAUUGGAAGUAUUUUUUGCUUGCAACAAGAAUGAGGAACUCGCAGCAAACUAUUUAUUAGAUCAUAUGCACGAGUUUGAUGAGUGAAGCUGGUUGAGUAUACUGGGUUCUUGUCAUAUUCAAUUACUAGUCGCUUCUUGUUUACUUCUCUUAACGUGCAAUGACUUUUCUUUUCCCUUUUUUUUUUUGGGGACAUUGUUCAUAUCGGCUUUGAUGAACGGUAGAAUUGUUUAAAUAUUUAUUUGCCCCAUCAUAUUGUG